UUCAAACUAAGGCUCACCCUGUUCGGAAUCUCUACCCAAAAUUAACCGGAACCAAAAUUCGAACCCUGUCUGUCUUCUUGAUUCUUCCGAGACUUUCUCAACAAAAGAUAGAAGACAGGCGACACGGAAGACAGGAUACAGGGUAUAGAAAACGAUGGAUCUCUGGCAGAAGCUUCGAGUGCAUAUAAACGAGUUCUUCUUCGAGAACUACCCGUACAUAGCGCUCUACAGCGGAGUGGGCGUGGCAUUUACCGCCUACCUGCACUACCAAUGGCAGAUGCACCACUACGACCUGAUGCACUGGAAGCACCUGACGGAGGCCUUCUCGCAGGACAUCGACUGCUUCCAGCUGGCGAUUCUGCUGGUGAUAUUUGCGAUCAACGCCAUCUUCGUGUUUAUCAUUCUGAGCAUUUACUUGAAACCGGGACAGGGAAACCCCGACGACGGCGGUGAGAUGUCCUUGCCGGAGAUCAAGGAUCGCUAUGCCCGCUUCAUCCUGCUGCGGCUGAUAGCCCGCCUCGAUCGCAUCCACUCGAAGAUCUCGGCGAAGCGGAAGACUCUCACCUUCCAGCACUGUGCCAGGGCCCACGCGAACAUGGCCAAGGCGGUGGCCCUGUUCCGCAAGGAUGCCCGCAAGCUGAUCCUGCCGAACGAGUCCGAGAUCCUGAUGCCCAUCGAGGACAUCUACGGCGUGGCCGAGGACGAGGACCGACUGCUGCGGCGGUCGGGCUACUACAAGCUGAUCAUCGACACCACCGACGACACGGUCAAGGCUCUGUUCAACGCCAAGUGAUCCUCAAGCAGCUAGCCGAACUCCUUUUCCCCCGAUUCAGACAUUGAGUAAACUGCAGCCCGCACA